AAUUUCCAGAUGUCUUAAUCGGUGGUGGCCUUGAGACUUUGCAGGAUAACCAAUCUUCUGAGGAACCCCAUUAUGGGAAGGCGAGUGGCGGGAUGUCGAGGAAAGCUGCCGAUAUUAUGACGAGCAAGGAUAAGUUCAGGGUUGAGAAGGCUUAUGAACAGUAAGAAUUUCGACUAUGUGGCAAUUUAACGGUGAUGAUUGGGCAAAUGGGUCUGAGGUGGGGACUUUUCAGGGUCCCGCAGCUCCCUCUCUCUAUUAUCUUUUCUCCUCUCAUCUCUCUCUCUUCCUCCCUUCUUCUCCUUCGUCACGCCCACCCUCAACGAAUAGAGAGGACACCUUCAGGAGGAGAGAGGAGUCGCCGGCAAAGGCGGGUGUCAGCGGCCACGGAAGAAAUAGGAAUAGAGUAGAGAAGAAAGAGGAAGAUGAAUAGAGGGAGAAAGGCCAUGGAGGGAAGGUAAGAGGCCGCGGUAUGGUGAUGGUGAUGAUGAAGGGGCUGGUGAUGAUGAUGGAUGUCAAAGAAAGGCCAAGAGAGAGGGAGUGGGAGCUUGAGGAUGGUGAUUGGGGAAGGCUCUGCUCUGUGUGAGAGAGAGGGGCAAGAAAGAGAAACAAUAAUGUCUUUCCAAUAACUAAAGAGAAAGGCAAAGAGAGAUGAGAAUGGUAGUUCUUGGUUCGAGUUCAGGAACGCUAUUGGAGCCUCCACCUCAAGACAGUACAACCAGCCAUAGCAAACCCAGAAAGAGAGAGAGAGAGAGAGAGUUUGGAGUAAUAAUGGCUGAAGAGGAUGAUGAUGGUUAUGAGUUCUUGUUAGAGAGAGAGAGAGAGAGAGAGAGAGAGAGAGAGAGAGAGAGAGAGAGAUCUUUUGAUGAAGGGUGUGUGUGGUUGGUUGAUGGGAUGGUGAUUCCACUCUUCCACUUGGGCUCACUACUCUGCUCCUCGGCAGAGGCAGAGGGGCAGAGUGCUGCUGGAGAAGACUGAAGCAGGUAUUGGGAUAGAAAGAGGGAGAGAGAGAAAUAGUUAUGAGCUGUUGUUAGAGAGAGAGAUCUUUUGAUGAAGGAUGUGGUGUGCCGUGGGUGGAUGGGGCGGUGAUUCCACUGUUCCACGAGGGCUCACUGCUCUGUUCCUCGGCAGAGGCAGAGAGGAUUGACUGAAGAGAGAGAGAGGGAGACGAAACAAAGUAGGGGAAAGAGAGACGAAACAAAUUGAUGGUGGCUGUUGGCAAUGACAAAGGAGGAAGGGGAAGGUGACGGAGAUGGUGUUGAUAGUGAUGGAGUGUGGAGAUGGCAUUGGUGGCGAUGGCAAUGGCAGGAUUGGGUCCAUCUUGAGAUCGUAAUUAUGACAUAAUGUGGCCCCAGAAAACAAAAGAUAUAGAUAUCCUGUUCACCCAAAAAAGAAGAAGAUAUUCUGGUAGAGAUUUCUCACAUAUAUAUAUUCGCUAAAUAAGUUUAAAUUCCCUGUUCAAUUCUCUCUACUCAUUCUCCCUUCCGAUAUCCCUUUUGCGGAUCGUUCAUGCCCAAGAACAAAUCACUGCAAGAUAUCGGGAGCUGAAGAUUGAGGGACGAAGUUGGUGGGCUCUGCUCGUUUGGUGGUUGACGGUUGAUUGUUUUGUUAUGGAGCACUUGCCAAAGAGAUUAUCCGCGACAUCCUGUCGCGCAUUUCGGCUGUGCGGCAUGUUGUUCGGGCUUCAGCGACAUGCCGGAAAUGGCGUGAGGCUUUCCCCAAGAACCUCCGCGCCCUCUCGUUCAAGUCGCAUGAGGAUGGGUUUCAAAGCCUUACCACUGGUCAGAUUGAGUUUCUGAUAACUAGGAUGAUCUUCCUGCGGACGAUGGGACUGCAGUCUUUGGUUAUUCAAGAUUUUGGCAAUCACGAGUUCUCCGCCUUCGGGGUGAUGAGUUGGCUUCUCCAUGCGAAAGACAGCUUGAGAGAGUUGCACUAUGAGGUUCGCACGAACCCAGCCAUGAACUUUGUGGACAUUAUUAGCAGGAUGCAGACGCUUGAGAAGCUACAUCUAGGCCAGGUUUGCAUUGAACGGGUAAAUCCGAAUCACCAUCAGUUCACUUCUUUGAGGUCGCUGUCCUUAUGCCAUGUCAAAAUCUUGGACGUGGAUUUGAGUCUUCUACUCUCCGCAAUAUGCCCGAAGCUUGAGUCUGUGGAGCUUGCUGGAUUCUACCCUUCAGAAUCUCUAGUUGAAGAUAGUGCUCCUAGAUUCCGUAUGUUCGACGCAACCUUGGACAAGCUUAUCUUGGAGGCGGAUAGGAUUGAAGAUUUUUACUGGGGACCUUCUUCUCGUCUCAGGUUCUUCAAGUUCAUCGGGAAAGGCAGCUUGAGGGGAAUAUCUAUCAACAACAUUGGCAUGCUGCCCAUGCCACAUAUUGAAAUCUGCGACUCGGCUGAGAAUCUGGAGAUUAUCAAAUUCGCCCUCUUCGGGAUUUCGGGGCAGAGUUCUACCGAUUGAUCUCGAAAUCCUCAAAAUUGAGGGAGCUCAGGCUUUCGGAUAUGGCGUUCGAUGAUGGGACUAAGGCAGUUGACUUGGGCAUGAUUGCAGGGUGGUGCCCGCAGCUCAGCUUUCUAUCUUUGAGAUGUGAAUGCGGAGAUGCUGAGUUGUUUCCGUAUUGUCUCCCAGCAUCUGCUUGCUUCGAGAAUGUGGUCCACUUGAAGGUUGGGUGGUCGAUUUAUAUUCCCAUGGACGAUUUCUUGGGCUCGUUGGAGGGUUUGCUGGGACGCUGUCCGAGCCUUAAGAAUGUGACCGUAAACGGAAGGAUUUCAGGUUAUAGGAGCUACGACUACAACCACUGUCAGAAGAUGACUUGUUUCAACAAUGCCAUGGUUCGGAUCCUGAGGAACUAUGCUAAUGUAGAAGUGAAUUUUAAUUUUUGUUAGUAUUUCAAGAAAGGCCUUGCUUAGAAGUUGGAACUUUCAACUUGUCUUCCCGUUAUUCACAUUUUUUUGCUUCUCUUCCUGUGAGGACGGCAAACAUGGGCAUUUUGUUCAAAGCUUCUUAUAUGCCCUUAUUUUCAGGUUUCAUUGCACGAGCCCCAAGCUCAAGAUUGAUUGUCGACUCAAUGAAUUUUUAUUUUCAUAUGUAUUUC